CUUUAAUAAUGGAAGCAGCAGAUGUUGGAAAUGUUGCUCCUGUGGAUUUACAGAUUGUAAUAAAAAAGGAAGAAGAUGAAGAUGAAGGUUACCUCUAUGGAGGAACAUUCAACUCUGGGGAACACUGUAACCCUGAGGGGGGACACGCUGCUCCAGUGGACCAACAGCCUGAAGGUUUUAUUAGAAAGAUUAUAAAAGAAGAAGAUCCUGAAGACGAUGAUGACAAACUGGACGACGACUUCUGCUGCUACUUGUGUCCAUUUUCCUGUUCGGCCCAGAUUUAUCUCUACAAGCACAUGAAGAGUUGUCACAACGGCAAAAACGAGACGCUUAUUAAAUCUGAAGAGGAUGAAGGUAAAAAUCCCAGUGAUCAGCAAACCUCCUCUGAUCCUCUCAGCAUGAGCACUUCUCAUCAACACAAGCAGAAAGAAUUUAACUGCUCAGAUUGUGGAAGGAGCUUUAGGUGGCAGAGUGCGCUCAAAAUCCACCAGCGCAUUCACACCGGAGAAAGACCGUACUGCUGCUCACAGUGUGGAAAGUCCUUUAAUAAACCAGAUCAUCUCAAACUUCACCAGUACAUUCACACUGGAGAGAAACCGUAUUGCUGCUCACAGUGUGGAAAGUGUUUCAAUCAUCACACUCAUCUCAGAAAUCACCAGCGCAUUCACACUGGAGAAAAACCUUAUUGCUGUACAGAGUGUGGGAAAACGUUUGCUCAACAAUGUCAACUAAAAUCACACCAACUCAUUCACACUGGAGAGAGACCGUAUUGCUGUACAGAGUGUGGUAAAGCAUUUAUGCAACAGUGUCAACUGAAAAAACACCAGCGCAUUCACACGGGAGAGAGACCGUAUCAGUGCUCGGAGUGCAAGAAAUGUUUCUCUCGAAUGUGUCAUCUUAAAACGCACCAGCUCACUCACACCGAAGAGAAACCGUUUUCCUGCUCACUAUGUGGGAAGGGUUUCAAUCGACAUAAUCGCCUUAAAAUACACCAGCGCACUCACACCGGAGAGAAACCGUUUUCAUGCACACAGUGUGGAAAGAGUUUUAAUCAGCAAUAUCAUCUUAAACUUCACGAGCGCAUUCACACCGGAGAGAAACCGUUUUUCUGCUCAGUGUGUGGAAAGAGUUUUAAUCAGCCUAAUUGCCUUAAAGUUCACCAGCGCAUUCACACUGGAGAGAAACCGUUUUUCUGCACGCAGUGCGGGAGGUGUUUUAGCGAUGGGAGUGCUUUUAAAAGGCACCAGCGCAUGCACACCAGAGAGAAGCUGUAUCAGUGCUCGCAGUGCGGGGAGACUUUUAAACAUCUUACUUACUUUCAAGUGCACCAGCGCAUUCACACCGGAGAAAAAACAUAUUGCUGCUCACAGUGUGGGAGGUGUUUUAUGUACCAGAGUCGUCUUAAAAGGCACCAGCACAUUCACACUAGAGAGAAACAGCAUCUGGAUUGUGCCAAAUGAAUAUUGAUCACGUUAGCAUCUGUUUACUCUUUUAACAAAAUAACAACACUUGUAACAUAUAGGAUACUUGUGUUGAGGUCAUGUGGAAUGUACACACACAUUUUUGCAGUAAACUCUAUUUAAUUGCGGUGUCGUGCGUAAACAACUCAGUGGAUCAGUGCGCAUGUGUUUCAGUGAAUCAGUCGUGGUUCAGGCCUUGAAAAUCAGCUGUAUAAACCAAUCAGAGCUUCCAAAUUCAGAUUUUGGGUGGAAUUUCAGUUGUUCCUCUGAUCCAAAGCAAGAUUUGCUAUUUAUUUUUUGUCCAAUGUGUGUCAUUCGGGUGAGCUGGCAACGAAAAACUCUCUUCAUUGGUUGUAGAAUUAUUAGUGACAGUUAACAAAAUGUACUUAGUUAAAAAGUUGGUAGAGAUAAAUCCAAAGGAUGAAGAUUUAAAUCAGGUGAUUAGUCAGUAAUUCUAGUUUUCCAUUCUUGUAUUAACC